UAUUUUGGCCAAUUCGAUACUGCUGUGGUGGCAGUGCAGUGGCAGUGCCUUCCCUCCCUUCAUCUUCAAGAACAGCCUAGCUUCUAUUAUACGCAUGUCCUCGUUCCCAUGGGAUAUGUGGAAUCAAUUCUACGUAAGUACACCUCAUUUGGGCUUGAGCACCUACACCAGAUCCACUCCCACCUCCUCGUCACCGGCCUUUUCCAAUUCCACCAUUCCCGCUCCAAGUUUCUCGAUUUCUGCGCUACAUCCUCCGCCGCCGCCGCCGCCGGUCUCGCCUAUGCUAUCGCCGUCUUCCGCUUCCUCCAGUCACCUCGCACCAAUGACUGGAACGCUAUCAUCCGAGGCCACGCCAAGAGCGAUCAUCCAAUUAAUGCUUUUCAUUGGUACCUCGCCAUGUCGCGUGCCCCUUGCAAGCCCGACGCUCUCACUUGCUCCUUCUUCCUCCAGGCUUGUGCUCGAGCAUUGGCUCGAAUCGAAUCGCUUCAAAUGCACGCGGAGGUGCUGAAGUCUGGAUGCGGUGCCGAUGUUUUGCUCCAAACCACGUUGCUGGAUGUGUACGCCAAGUGUGGGGAUUUAGACUAUGCCUGCCAAGUGUUCGACGAAAUGUCUGUGAGGGACAUUGCUAGUUGGAAUGCUUUGAUCGCUGGUUUGGCGCAGGGGAAUCGACCGUACGAAGCUUUGAAGUUGUUCAAUCGAAUGACGGAAGGGCGUGGCUCUGAAUUCAUGCCGAAUGAGGUUACGGUCCUCGGCGCUCUCUCGGCUUGCUCGCAGCUCGGCGCUAUCAAGGAGGGCGAGAAGGUGUAUGAUUACAUCCGGAAAAGAAAAUUAGACAAGAAUGUGAUCGUCUGCAAUGCCGUCAUUGAUAUGUACUCGAAAUGUGGGUUGGUGAAGAAGGCGUUCGGCGUAUUCGAGGCCAUGAGAUGUUUGAGGAGUUUAGUCACAUGGAACACUAUGAUCAUGGGUUUCGCCAUGGACGGAGACGGACACAAAGCAUUGCAACUUUUUAACCGCAUGGUCGAAAAUCGGCAUCGACUAGCGCCGGAUGGCGUCACUUACUUAGCUGCAUUGUGUGCGUGUAACCACGGAGGUAUGGUGGAUGAAGGGACGAGGCUUUUUGAAUUGAUGGGGCGACACGGAGUGAGGAAGAACAUGAAACACUACGGCUGUAUGGUCGACCUAUUGGGAAGGGCCGGGAGAUUAGGCGAGGCAUAUGAUAUUAUCCAUUCGAUGCCCAUUUUUCCGGAUGCUGUCCUCUGGCAAACUUUGUUAGGUGCAUCUACGAUACACGGGAACUUAGAAAUGGCCGAGAAUGCAUCAAGAAAGCUUGUGGAGAUCGGGUCGACUGCUUGUGGCGAUUUUGUACUAUUAUCGAACGUCUACGCUGCGCAUGAGAGGUGGAGCGAUGUAAGGAGGGUGAGAGAUGCGAUGAAGACGAGGGAUGUCAAGAAAGUGCCCGGAUUUAGCUACAUUGAGAUGAAUGGCGCGAUAGUCCAGUUUUACAAUGGCGACAAAAGCCAUCCUAAAUGGAAAGAUAUUCACGCGAAACUAGAGGAGAUUAGGUUCAAAAUCCGGGAGUUAGGAUACGAGCCAGGCACGAACUAUGUUUUGCAUGACAUAGGAGAAGAAGAGAAGGAUAACGCGUUGUCGUAUCACAGCGAGAAACUAGCCGUGGCAUUUGGUUUGAUCGGUAUGGAUGAUGCGAGUACGAUAAACAUCAACAAAAAUCUUCGGAUAUGCGGGGAUUGUCACGUGGUCAUUAAGCUUGUUUCUAAGUUAUAUGAUCGAGAAAUUGUCGUUAGGGAUCGUACUCGGUUCCAUCGAUUCAAGGACGGGGUUUGUUCUUGUAGGGAUUAUUGGUGAGAAGGCAACUCCAAUUCGGUUUCUCAUUCAGCUGAAGCGAAAGUUAUGAGUUAAAGCUUUCCACGCCUGUAGGUUGUGUUGGCACGUAUAGUUAGUUUAGCGUGUCUUUCUUGAUUGAUAAAGUGAAGGUUACCUGUAAUUGUAUAUUGAAAUACUAAAAUAUAAUCGGUCUGUUCAUUCAUCAUAUUUCAAUGGAACAAUU